AUGGCUGCAUCAUCGAAAAAGUCGGGUGAAGUCAAACCCACCAUGAGCCGGCGACAUCCGCUGCAGCGUUUCGAUUCACCGUCUAAAGGAUUUUCAGGCGCGUUGCAUGUCGCUGGUCUAAUCAGCUUCUACAGUUCCUUCAAGUUCCUAGUGGACAACCCCAACAUCUUUAAUUCAUCCUUCGGCUGGCACCUCCAAUUCCUGACCAUAAUCGGCCUCUCCCUCUCCACAAUAACAUUCGUCUUCGGUCUCACCGCAGACCUAACCUCAACCGCCCUCUCAAGAUCUCCAAUCCUACCUUCAGAUCCACCAGCGGCGGCUCUUUCCGAGCACCUUUUCCGGCUGAAGAACUAUCUAGCCCUGAUAGCAGCGCCGAUUGAAGUCACCAUCAGCGUACUAUACUGGACGUUGAAAGCCAUUGAUGGGAAACUCUUGGUACCCCCUGAUCUACCAUUGCCGCCAGCCAUCUAUGACAUAGGCUUCCACCUCGUCCCCGCCGUUGUCCUAGCACUUGACUACAUCCUCCUCUCUCCGCCAUGGCCCACAACGCCUAUGAAUGAAUCUGCACCUAUCAUUACCCUUUCUAUCUCUACUGUAAUUGCCUUCGGGUAUUGGAUUUGGAUUGUAAGAUACGAUCUUCUCCUUCCCCAAGAACUACUUGGCUAA